AUGGAAGUUUUUACAGAGGUUAUAACUUAUGAUAUUAUAGAUAAAUUUGAUCAUAUGCAAAGAGAGAGCUUUGAAGUGACUUACAAUCGAAGAAGAAUUCAAGGUAGAGGAUUGAAGGAAAUUCCUCGUCAAGAAGGUCAGGAAAAUGCUAGUAUGGUGGCCAUUGAGGUUUUGAAGAAACUUCCUGCCUUGCAGGAGAGGGAUAAGAACAGUAGACCCGGAGGCGGUGGCGGGAGCAGAUUCGGUGGUGGCGGCAGAUUCGGAGGUGGUGGUGGUAAAUUUGGAGGGAGAGGCAAAGAUGGCGGCGGUGGUAGUUUUGGCCGUAGGGGUGGAGGGUUCGGUGGCGGUCGGGGAGGAGGCGGCGGGAGAAAUUUCAGCAGAAGAAACUGA